CUUAUGUGCAGUGCACCAAUAAAAUAUAGGCUAGGUGCUUUUUGUUGCUUCUCCCCCUAGUUUUUCUUCUGAUUUUGUCAAUGUUUGGUAUGAAAUUCACAAAAGGUCCAAGCAGCCUUGCAGCUUUAUCACAGAAAGUUUGUUUUUCUGUGUAAUUGGUUGUUUAUUUUAAACUGGGGGUGAACUGUUAGCAAAGCUACUUAAGUAAGAUAUUGCAGAAACAGUAGCUGCUUAUCACUGUGAUCAGUUUGGUGCUUAGACCUUAAUUUCCUUGGGAAUGUUGUUGCUGCAUUAUCUGUGUGAACUGUGGAUAUAGAAGGAGUAAUAACUAGGUUGGUCUGACAUAAAGACUGUCUUCUAUACAGGAUAAAUGUGAACAAGUUAAAUGCUUUACUGUUAAAUAAAUGCACGAUAAAAAAAAAGAAGCCAUACUCUCUCCUCUAGACCUAGAGUUAUACUGUUACUUUCUAGCAUUUUGCAAACUGUAUUUUUUUUUCUGAGCACAGUAACACCGUUGUUCUUAACAAUAUAAGGAGUAUGGUUCUAAAAAGUUAAUGCAUAAUAAUAGAUGCAGUGCAGAUGUCAUGUGUGAAUUUACUUUAACAGAAAGAAAAACACACCACUCAUACCUAACCUAGAAUACAGAACAUCCUUAAAUGCUCACAAUGUACUCUGGAAGAUUUUUAUCUUGUAGUAAGUAUUUGCAGAGCUGACUCUUUGCAGGGUUGAUACCCAAAAAUAUUGUGGUUCAGGAUCCACCAAAAGGAAAUUAACUUUAUUUGACCAACAAAUAUAAAAUUUACCAGUGCAUCUUUCUCCUGUAAAAGAGCAAUUGAAGAGCCCAAUCAUCCUGAAUGCACAUUAUAAUGUGGUAGGUUUUAUUCAACACUCCAAAUGCCCUUGUGGAAGGCCAGUCAGUAUUCAGCUUAAAAAUUCCCCACAUAUUAAGUAAAACUGCACAGAUAACUGAUAAAGGAUAGACAUUCAUUGUUACUGGUAGAAAGAUAUUCCUCACAAAUCCAAAGCUUUUUUCUGACCCACCAGCCCUCCAUAUUUAAAUGAAACCAGUACAGUAGGUAAAAGAUUUCAGGAAGUAAUACUCAUAGCUUAUGGAAUAGUAAAAUCUAACUCCUGUGACCUGUUGCUGGGUUACUAUGCCCUGCCAGAUCUCAUCAAUACCUCAUUUUUCUGUCUUUCAUCCCUGAAUGGCUUGGAUGAUCUUAAUUCAUCUGUGGUAAAAUCCUUAUGUAUUUGUCUUCAAAACAGCCCCUCACCAAACAGGCUUGCAAGUAUUUUCUCUUCAUACACUUCCAGAUACUAUAGUGGGUGAGAAGGGUGCUCUGGUUAAAACUAGCAAAAUUAGAAACAUUCACUGUCUUGGUGUUGUUUUUGUGAGUAGAAAAUUACUUUAUGAUUCUUUGGAGUCAGUCUAGGUUCUGAAGAGAGGUUUCUGAUAGCUCUGCCUAGUUAUUGCUUAUAAAUAUUGUGGCUUAUCAGUUGGCAACCUCAUCCUCUUAGGAAGUUGCAGGUUUGCUGUCAAGAAGUAAGCCAUGUUGGCCUUAACAGAGAGUGUGUUGAUCUUAGUAGUGAUAAAGGCAUCACUUUGUGCAGUAAUCUGGAUUUCUGUGCAAGUAGACAAGCAAAAUGUUUGCCUAAUAUUUCCAAGAAACUUUGAAGUCCUGGUUUUAUAAGUUCCACUGAUCUGCCUCACAUUUUCUUUACUGUCAUGUCAGAGCCUACCAAAAAAUUACUUUAAAAAAUAGAAGGGUGUGUUGUGGGUCUUUGUUUGAUGUCAUUUUCUGCAUAACAGAAUAAGCCAUGUGAAACUAAUACUAUAGAGUUUACUCUGACCUUUUUUUCUAUCAGCAGCAACCUUCAGUGUCACUUGCUUGUCUUCAUAUCUGGUUGCUGAACACAUGGAACUCCUCCCUUUAGUCAGUUAUCACCAUGACAGCUCCUUUGAAGGAGGCUAUGCAAUGAGUGUUCGCUGGUUCCUAUUUUUUCAACUAGUCAACAUUUCAAAAGAAACAAAAAAGAGCAGCCACUUGGCAACUGUGCUAUUUUCUACUUGGUCUGCUGGCAUAAUCAAUGUGAGAGUUUCAGUUAGGGAACCUUAUUGUACAUGUGAUUUGUGAUUAAAUUAAUGAAGACAUGUAUGUUGCUUAGUUCAAUAGUUUUCAGUUUGCUUUAGAUAGUAGUAUUUGCUUUUCAUUCAACAGUUAUGGCUGUUGGAAGUAAUUACAGUGAAACCUGUGCUAGUUUGAAUGAAGAAGAACUGAAGAUAAAUUCAAGCCACCAGACAGAAACAUAUUAGGAGUUUAGCUGUACAGUCCUCUUCCUUCUGUGAAUAUUUAUAUCUGCAGUUCAUAUGUACUGUUCCAUCCAUAACUGAGAAAUUGUCUGGACUCAUGGAGACUGAGCUGGCAUGCAGUACUGUGCUUAUAAUCAAUGCUUUUGUCCAUCUCCAGCUGCCUUGGAGACCAACCAGCUUUUCCUGACAGGAAAUAACCUGGGUUUUAUUGGAUUUUUCCCUGCUGCUUCACAGCUUGAAUCACCAGUGCUGCCAGGCUGUUAAUAAUGUCAUUCAUUUUUAGCUAAUAAGUAAUGUCCUUAUGAGAUGUGCCUAUGGCAUAGAUCAAUAAUUUUGCACCAGAAAGUUUUUCACUUUCUCCUCUGGUUUCUUAUAGUUUCUAUAGCUUCAAAUUAAAGAUCCAAAUCCUGUAUCUUUCACACACUUGCUGGCUGGACUGUAACACAAGGGAAAGAUUACAAAUAAAUCUUGGCUAAGAGGGACAGGCUUCAGCUAUGCAUUUUUUGUACACUGAAUUCUUCCUUAUAAGUACACUAUUGUAUUUACACCUCAAGAACAAACUGAAACAAAGCUUUCCAUGUGUGUGAAGGUGGUAAGAGGCAUCAAACCACCUGUCAGGUGUUAGAAAUACUGCUUACAGCAGUGUGCAAUAGGGAGGCUGGCUGCUGUCUUCAUCACAGAAGUGAUACAAGAAGCUCAGUAGAAUGGAUCUAAACUUCAGGACUUUUUCAGCACAAUAUGCUUUUUUGUCUUCAGAGACAUUAUUUGCUAGUAGUUUUGCAGCAAUCCUAUGAAUGGUUGCUGUAAGUGUGUGGUUGGUUCUUGGAAAAUGAUGCUAUAUAAAUGUCAUUGUUUGUUGUGGUUUUCAUAUCAAGUUUGUUCAGUUUUCAAUUAAGAUGUGGUUUUUUCUAGCUCUCAGUCUUCCAAGCUUGGCUUGACUUUUUAAAAUUAAACUUUGUUCUUGGCUCAAGAAAUUUCUUUGCAGAUUUAAGUUCAACAGACUAAGUUGUGGUCCAGUGUAAUUUUCAUACUUUGUGAUACACCUUCAAAAAGCUAUACAGGCUGUUCCAUGGCUGAUCCUGCACCUGGGAUUCAAGAGCUCUGCUCAUCAGCAAAUGUACUUCUAAUUAAGACUUACACUAUUUUUCUUUUAGACCAACAAUAGUGAAGAGUAAAACUAAAUGAAUGUUUAUAAAAUUUAAAAUUAAAAUAAAUUCUAAAAUUUCUCAGUUAAGAAGAAAUCAAAUUUGGGGGUUAUUUUGGUUUCUGCUUUGUUUGGGGUUUUUUUCCCCAAUAAAAUUGCAUAGUUCUCAGAUCAGAUCUUUACUUCAGUCCAUUGCUACCUCAAAAACAGACAACUGGAAGCUUCCAUACAGUGACAAGCAUGAAUAAUAAAACCCAAACCAAACAGGAGUUGAAGGAUUGUGUGUAAGAAUUAGCUGCUGUUGGCUUUCUGGCAGUUUCCAGUGUCAUUACCAUGUCAGCUCCUUUCUUUAUGGGGAAAGUUAUCGACAUUAUUUAUACAAAUCCCAGUGAGAAUUUCACUGACAGCCUGACCAGCCUGUGUGCCUUGCUGAGUGGAAUCUUUUUAUGUGGUGCUGCUGCUAAUGCUACACGUGUCUACCUCAUGCAGACUGCAGGACAAAGAAUUGUGAAACGUUUGAGAGCAAACAUGUUCUCCUCUAUUGUGAAGCAAGAAACGGCUUUCUUUGACAAGACCAGAACAGGAGAGCUGAUAAACCGCUUAUCUUCAGAUACAGCCCUUUUGGGCCGCUCAGUGACUGAAAACCUUUCUGAUGGGCUCAGGGCAGGAGCACAAGCGUCUGUGGGGGUUGGAAUGAUGUUUUUUAUUUCCCCUAGCCUUGCUGCAUUUGUUCUGAGCAUUGUGCCACCCUUGGCUGUCCUGGCUGUGAUUUAUGGCAGAUACUUGCGAAAGCUUACUAAAGUUACUCAAGAUUCUCUUGCAGAAGCAACACAGUUAGCUGAAGAGCGUAUUGGAAACAUCAGAACAGUUCGAGCUUUUGGGCAAGAAAUGGCUGAAAUGGAGAAGUAUACAAAUAAAGUUGAUUAUGUGCUACAGCUGGCUAGAAAAGAGGCACUAGCUCGGGCAGGCUUCUUUGGAGCAACUGGCCUUUCUGGAAACUUAAUUGUCCUCUCAGUGUUAUACAAAGGAGGAUUACUAAUGGGCAGUGCCUACAUGACAGUUGGUGAACUCUCCUCUUUCCUAAUGUAUGCUUUCUGGGUUGGCAUAAGCAUUGGAGGUCUAAGUUCCUUUUAUUCUGAGCUUAUGAAAGGACUAGGUGCUGGUGGACGUCUUUGGGAACUUAUUGAAAGGAAGCCCCAACUUCCAUUUAAUGAGGGAAUCACAUUAGGCAAAGAUGUAUUCAGAGGUGCUUUGGAAUUCAAGAAUGUUGAAUUUGCAUAUCCAACACGUCCAGAAGUAUCAAUUUUCAAAGAUUUCAGCCUUUCCAUUCCAGCUGGCUCUGUUAUGGCUCUCGUUGGCCCAAGUGGUACAGGGAAAUCAACGAUUGUAUCCCUUCUGCUGCGGCUGUAUGAUCCUAUCUCAGGUACUAUCACCGUUGAUGGCUUUGAUAUCCGUCAGUUAAAUCCACUGUGGUUCAGGACAAAGAUUGGAACAGUAAGUCAGGAACCAAUUCUCUUCUCCUGUUCUAUUGCUGAAAAUAUUGCCUAUGGUGCAGAGGAUCCUUCUACUGUGACUGCAGAGGAGAUUCAGAAAGUUGCUGAAAUAGCUAAUGCUGCUAGUUUUAUCAGAGAUUUUCCAAAAGGGUAUGACACUGUAGUUGGAGAAAAAGGAAUUUUGCUUUCAGGUGGACAGAAGCAACGAAUUGCAAUUGCUCGAGCUCUGCUCAAAAAUCCUAAAAUUCUUCUGUUAGAUGAAGCAACAAGUGCUUUGGAUGCUGAAAAUGAGUAUCUAGUGCAAGAAGCUCUGGACCGGCUGAUGGAAGGGAGGACAGUCCUCAUCAUUGCUCAUCGUCUGUCUACUAUUCAAAAUGCUGAUUCCGUUGCAGUCCUUGGCCAGGGUAAAAUUCUUGAAUGUGGGAAACAUGAGGAACUACUUGCAAAUCCAAAUGGACUUUUCAGGAAACUAAUGCAGAAACAAGCUGUUCUUCAGAAUAAUGAUACUUUUGCAUUGGAUUUACAAUCCAGAGAAAAGGAUAUAUUAAAAGAAAAUGUAUGAGACAAUGUAUGAAUAAUUACAAACUUCAAAGACUAUAACUUAUGUUUCAGUUAUGUAAAUGUUAUAUUUUUCCAAAAUGUACAAAAUAUUCUUUUGAAACUUAAAUGUGUUUAAACUUUUUAUUGAAAGCUUUUUAAUAACUAUUGUAACUUUUAAAAAUAUCUGUCACACUGAGAUAAUUUCAGGGCAUAGACUUUUCUGCUUGUGUUACUUUGAGGCUCUCUAGAAUCUUGUUUCCUGUAAUGCACUGUAUGAAGAUGUGCUCCAUUCUUGAGUAAGUUUAGUAUUUUAAAGGUAAUUAAAUGACAAUCUUAUCAUUUUCAUAUCAUUGUCUCUCUCUUUCCAAGGAACUUUCAUGUUUUGUGCUUGUCAGUAGUCUUAAAAUGCUGGAAUUCAAAAAUGUAUGACACUAACACACUUUGAAAGUUCUGUCUGACUUCCACUGCACUGUGCUUCCAGCUGCUCUUUGUUCUGAAAUGUGAUUAUGUGUUCUGAACUUGACUAUGAUCCCCAUCUACAGUUCCUGUGGAGAAUUACAUAUUAAAACACAUUUUAGAGAGUAUGAAAGCACAAGUUGGAGGAAAGUUCUUUAAUAAAACAAACAACCCAAUGGAAAAAAAGGCAACCAAACAAAAAAACUGACUUUACAAAAGGACAAAGGAAGUGUAUUACUAUAUGGAGUCACACAGGAAAAUCUAAAAUUUGCAUGCGUUUUCUUCCCUUUUCUAUUUUCCCAUUUCUUUAGUUUCAUUUCCUUUCUAUGAUGACAUCUGAAAGAACAUGCCCUCCCACAUAUGUUUUUGUCCUUUUAAAAGGCAUAUGUAAGUUUUGUAUUGUUAAUUAAAAUUUCAGUGAUAGAAA